UUUGGAAGGGUUAGAAUUCUGUGACAUUUCAUUGAUAGAAGAACGAUUUCACAUGGAAGAAAAAAGAUUUCAGUUCUUGGAGGGUGAGAAGCAAUUCAGUUGCAACUCAAAAGUUAAGCGACAUCAAAGAAUUCAUACAGGGGAGAAGCCCUAUGAAUGCCUGGAGUGCGGAAAGAGUUUCAGUCAGAGCAGCAAGCUUAAUAUACAUCAAAGCACUCACAAAGGGGAGAAGCCCUAUGAAUGCCUGGAGUGUGGGAAGAGCUUCAGUCAGAGCAGCAACCUUAAUCAACAUCAAAGAGUUCACACAGGUGAGAAGCCCUAUCGAUGCCUGGAGUGUGGAAAGAGGUUCAGUAAGAGUGGUCAACUUAAGUUGCAUCGAAUAAUUCACACGGGCGAGAUGCCCUACAAAUGCCUGGAGUGCGGGAAGAGCUUCAGUCAGAGCAACACCCUUAAUUACCAUCAAAGAAUUCACACAGGUGAGAAGCCCUAUCGAUGCCUGGAGUGCGGAAAGAGCUUCAGUAAGAGCAGCCACCUUAAUCGGCAUCAAAGAAUUCACACAGGCGAGAAGCCCUAUGAAUGCCUGGAGUGUGGAAAGAGAUUCAGUCGGAGCAGCCACCUUAAUGAACAUCAAAGAAUUCACACAGGCGAGAAGCCCUAUGAAUGCCUGGAGUGUGGAAAGACCUUCAGUCAGAGUAGCCAACUUAAUCAACAUCAAAUAAUUCACACAGGCGAGAAGCCCUAUGAAUGCCUGGAGUGCGGAAAAAGAUUCAGUCAGAGCAGCAAACUUAAUCAACAUCAAAGAAUUCACACAGGGGAGAAGCCCUAUGAAUGCCCGGAGUGCGGAAAGAGAUUCAGUCAGAGCAGCAACCUUAAUCAACAUCAAAGAAAUCAUACAGGGGAGAAGCCCUAUGAAUGCCUGGAGUGUGGAAAGACCUUCAGUAAGAGCAGCCACCUUAAUCAACAUCAAAGAAUUCACACAGGCGAGAAGCCCUAUGAAUGCCUGGAGUGCGGAAAGAGAUUCAGUCAGAGCAGCAAACUUAAUCAACAUCAAAGAAAUCAUACAGGGGAGAAGCCCUAUGAAUGCCCGGAGUGCGGAAAGAGAUUCAGUCAGAGCAGCAACCUUAAUCAACAUCAAAGAAAUCAUUUAGGGGAGAAGCCCUAUGAAUGCCCGGAGUGUGGAAAGAGAUUCAGUCAGAGCAGCAAACUUAAUCAACAUCAAAGAAAUCACACAGGGGAGAAGCCCUAUGAAUGCCUGGAGUGCGGAAAGAGAUUCAGUCGGAGCAGCCACCUUAAUGAACAUCAAAGAAUUCACACAGGCGAGAAGCCCUAUGAAUGCCUGGAGUGUGGAAAGACCUUCAGUCAGAGUAGCCAACUUAAUCAACAUCAAAUAAUUCACACAGGCGAGAAGCCCUAUGAAUGCCUGGAGUGCGGAAAAAGAUUCAGUCAGAGCAGCAAACUUAAUCAACAUCAAAGAAUUCACACAGGGGAGAAGCCCUAUGAAUGCCCGGAGUGCGGAAAGAGAUUCAGUCAGAGCAGCAACCUUAAUCAACAUCAAAGAAAUCAUACAGGGGAGAAGCCCUAUGAAUGCCUGGAGUGUGGAAAGACCUUCAGUAAGAGCAGCCACCUUAAUCAACAUCAAAGAAUUCACACAGGCGAGAAGCCCUAUGAAUGCCUGGAGUGCGGAAAGAGAUUCAGUCAGAGCAGCAAACUUAAUCAACAUCAAAGAAAUCAUACAGGGGAGAAGCCCUAUGAAUGCCCGGAGUGCGGAAAGAGAUUCAGUCAGAGCAGCAACCUUAAUCAACAUCAAAGAAAUCAUUUAGGGGAGAAGCCCUAUGAAUGCCCGGAGUGUGGAAAGAGAUUCAGUCAGAGCAGCAAACUUAAUCAACAUCAAAGAAAUCACACAGGGGAGAAGCCCUAUGAAUGCCUGGAGUGCGGAAAGAGAUUCAGUCAGAGCAGCAACCUUAAUGAACAUCAAAGAAUUCACACAGGGGAGAAGCCCUAUGAAUGCCCGGAGUGCAGAAAGAGAUUCAGUCAGAGCAGCAACCUUAAUCAACAUCAAAGAAUUCACACAGGGGAGAAGCCCUAUAAAUGCCUAGAGUGCGGAAAAAGCUUUGCUCUCAGCGCAGCCCUAAAGAGACAUCAAAGAAUUCACACAAAGGAGAAGCCAUAAAACUGCUCAGAGUCUGGAAUGCA